AAAAUAUUUAAGUUUCACUCUGACUGUGUGACUUUCAAUAGUUUAAUUUAGAGGAAUUAAUACUACACAGUAAAAAUGGAAACAAAAGACUUCGUUGGAAGCAGUUAAAAGCUCAUGUUUAAAGUACUUUUCCGUGCUUGAAAGUUACCUACAUUUUUGACCGACAACUUUCAACUUUACGUUGGCGCGUAAAAUUAAACAACGUUCCAUUUUGUAGCAGUGUUGUUUUCUACAAUAGUGAUUGUAAUAUCUUAAAGCUGAUUAUAUUUUUGUUAUCAUGUUCUCUACAUUUACUUGAUUGGUAUUUAGAACAUAUCUUGUGGAUAAGAUGAAUGCGGAUCUGUGAUGAUGUAUUUAUUUCGAGUUUUUACAGCCAUUCUCAUAGAUAUGUAGCUCAUACAGUGCAGAACAGAACGUAAUUCGUUCAAACAAGUCGUAACAAGUUGCCGGAAAUUUUAAAUUUCAAAACCGAUUUAUCGCAUUGCUAAUUGCUAUGGUGCUUCUUCAAGUAGCGUUAUUUCAUUUUGUAUUAAUUGAAUUAAGAAUACUAUGGAUAAUCCUGUCUGUAUAUCGCAAUACUUUACGAAUAAACAAAAUGUGAGAUCAUUUGGUAAUAUUAUAAAAUUGAACAUCUUGAAUAACGAAAAUGAAGAAAGUUUUAAUAAAUUCCUCUUUCAAGAUGAGAACUUGGUAAGUGAUAUGACUCCUGAUUUGUUAAAUAUUUUAUCAAGUCUCAGAAUAAACCUGAAGAAUAAAUCUAAACUAGAAUUUAAGAACUAUUUCCCUUUAGAUGAGGUUCCAGACUUGCAUGCAAUAAACAAAGAAUGUAUUUUAAGUCAUUGUUGGAAGGCAUUGUGUGAAAUAGUUCCAAAACAAGUUUUUGGAAAUAAUCAAAAUAAUAAAAUAUUUAAAAAUUUAGUCCGGACAGCUAUCUACAGUAUGAAACGCCAACAUUUUGUCCUUGGAAAAUUAAUAGCAAGUUGGAACAUGGAGAUAUCUCCCUGGAAAGGCCUUGAGACUACUAAUGCUCAGAGAAUAUUGUUUACUAUUAUUUUGUGGAUACUUAAAUAUGUCCUAUCAUCACUGAUUUGUUUAAAUUUUUAUGUUACCACUUGCAAAUUGGACGCAAAUGAAAACAAACUUUAUUAUUUUUGGAAGUACCAAUGGCAGAGCUUUUAUGACAAGCAAGUUUCCAAAAUGGUUUUCACUAGAGUCAUACAGAAAUGUGAACCCUAUUCACUUGGCAAAAGGUCAAAGAAAAAUCACAGUCUUGCUGACAGGAGAAAAUUGAAAUUGUUAAGAAAAGAUAUUCCAAAGUUAUAUCUUAAUUUAAAAACAAAUAAUGAUUGCAGGCCUAUUGUUUGUUAUAAGAACGAUUCACUGACUCUUUCAGAAAAAUAUAAAAUAAGAGACAGAUUGAAAUUCUUGAGAUUAUUGACUGGAAAACCACCAAUAAAACUUGAAAAUCAGUACAAAACACUACAUGCCAAAUGGCUAGCAGCUAACAAGCCAAGACUUUAUUUCAUUAAAACCGAUCUCAGCAAUGCUUUUGGCUGCAUAAACAGAGAAAAGCUAUUAAAAAUAUUACCAGAGAAGCACAUGAGUUUGCAAAAGAAUGAAAAGUGUUUAUCAAUGAAGAAAAAAUUUGCUCAGCAGUACAGAGAUAUAAUAACAGAGUUGCGUAAACCGAUCUUAAUCCGGGCAGGAUCUACAGUUUAUGAAUGGAAAGAAGGAUUAGUGCAAGGGUAUAAAUAUUCACCUGCCCUUUCAGAACUGUAUUAUACAUGUUUGGAUGAAUUAUACUUUGCUGAGCACCUGAAAAAUUCUGAAAAUCAAGUUAAACUAUUUAUUAGAGUUGUUGAUGAUUAUUUGUACAUAACAGAUUCUUUAGAAGAUGCAUCAUAUUUUUUAGAUGCAUUAUCAAAUUACAGAAAUGUAAACUUUGAUAAAACUGAGGUGAAUUUUCAACAUGAAAGUAUCAAGUAUAGUGAGAAUAUAUUCUUCCUUGGAUAUUGUUAUAACACUUCUACAAUGCAAGUCAGCAGAGCCAGCAAUAUUUAUGCUGGACAAAUGUGCUAUAAAAUUGCAUUUACAAGUGGAUUUUCUGAUCUACCCAAGUUUAUUGAAAGCAGAAUUGGUCAAUCAGGCAUUCCAAUUAAUAGCCAUAUAUUUAACUUGAACUAUAAUAACGAAGAACUAAUCUGGAGGCAUAUAUUUACCACUUUCUGUCUGUCUUCAAACAAAUUCUGCACUAUCAUGGCAGUCCUUUGCAAUGAGCUAGAAAUGAAGAACUACCUACCACUUUACAAAAAGAGGGUAACAGUGAAAUUGAGUAACUCUAUAAUCGAAAUGUUAAUGAAGAAUAAGCCCAAGGAUUUUAUAUUUGUGUACUGUAUUAAUCAUUUUAGAUAUUUAGCAUGGAAGGCUUUGUACUUGUGUGCUAAGCUUACGCCAAAAUGUUCUGGGCUGGUUCCAUACAUAAAUAAUGAAUUGUCAAAAUGCAAUUGUAUAUUUGGAAAAUGGCGGGAACACGCGAGAAGAAUCGAUACAAAUGGCGAAUGUGAGCGAAAAGCUAUCAAAGAAGUUUGUAGAAGAACUGACUUGAGGAUAAUUUUUAGAGAUUUCGAUGUUUUACCUGAUGGAUUUCAAUGUUAUCAUCAUAAACGUUUAUUGUAAAAAUAAUAAAUAAAAAUCAAUUUUUGUAUAAUGUAAAAAA